GCGCAUGCGCGGAGCCGCCCGCAGCACGGCGACGUCCGCUCCUCGCCAGGUGCUUCCGGAUCGCGUCCGUGCGGGGCGGCGGCUCGGCGGCUGCUGCGGGCGCUCGGCGGUGCUGAGGGGUCUGCCGGGGGUUUAUUUUAUUGUACAAGCUCUUUGCUGCCAUAAUGAGGCUUGUUAUUCUUGAAGACUAUGAUCAGGCAAGUGAAUGGGCAGCCAAAUACAUCUGCAAUCGUAUUAUCCAGUUCAAGCCCACUCAAGGGAGGUACUUCACACUUGGCCUACCGACAGGCAAUACACCUUUGGGAUGCUACAAAAAGCUGAUAGAAUAUCACAAGAAUGGAGAUCUCUCUUUCAAAUAUGUGAAGACUUUCAACAUGGAUGAAUACGUAGGACUUCCCAGAAAUCAUCCAGAGAGUUAUCAUUCAUAUAUGUGGAAUAACUUCUUUAAACAUAUUGACAUAGACCCAAAUAAUGCUCAUAUUCUUGAUGGGAACGCUCCAGACUUACAGGUGGAAUGUGAUGCAUUUGAAAAGAAAAUUGAAGAAGCAGGAGGGAUUGAUCUGUUUGUUGGAGGCAUUGGUCCAGAUGGCCACAUUGCAUUCAAUGAACCCGGAUCGAGUUUGUCUUCAAGAACAAGAUUAAAGACUUUAGCAAUGGACACCAUUUUGGCAAAUGCUAAAUACUUUGAUGGAGACUUAUCUAAAGUACCAACUAUGGCGCUAACGGUUGGUGUGGGUACAGUGAUGGAUGCUAGAGAAGCUUCUGUUUUGCAGGUGAUGAUUCUUAUAACAGGUGCACAUAAAGCUUUUGCAUUAUACAAAGCUAUUGAAGAAGGUGUCAAUCAUAUGUGGACAGUUUCUGCUUUCCAGCAGCACCCUCGUACUAUCUUUGUGUGUGAUGAAGAUGCUACUUUAGAACUAAGAGUUAAAACUGUGAAGUACUUCAAAGGUUUAAUGCAUGUGCACAAUAAACUCGUGGACCCUCUGUACAGUAUGAAAGAAAACUGAGAGAAGAAUUGAAGAAGAACUGCAUGUGGGUCAACAGCAACAGUUUUAGGUAGCAGAUGAGUUCACUGCUAUGCAAUAUACUGAAAACUGUUUAAAAUGGGAAUCCUAGGUACUGUAUUCUUUUUUUUAAAAGGUCCAAUAUGUGUACAUUCACAUUCCAUCUCUAUUUGGUGUUGUGCAUUUUGCCUUGAUAUUUAUAACUCUGGCUGUUACAGUAACUAAAUGGAACAGAACAAAUCUGUGGAAGACUGCAUGUUAUGUAGGGGUGGAGGGGGGUGGGACAGAGCACUUAUUUUAGCACAGCAAUGCAUUGCAUCUGCCUGUUAGAGGAAGUGAUAGUUUAUUUCCAAUAAUCUGUAAUUGUGGCCUCCAUUAGUGCAACUACACUUUGCAUUUGUAUUCCUAGGCAGAAUGGUUUUGGCCUUUGUUAAAUACUAUGGACUUGUAAUAGCUGUGCAAUUUUUACUAUGAAACGUUCUGUUUACAUAAUGCACACUAAGCUUUUGCACUUGAUUGCCUUAAAUUUAAUCUUACACAAACAGUUUUUGGGCAUCUUGAGUCCUGCUGUACAAUUCAGGCAAAUAAAAAUAUGAAAAACAGUGCCUAAAACUGCACCCAAUUCUUAAAGUGUUAUAACUUAUUCUGGUUACUUACAUUAAAUGUUUGCCAUAGCACUUUUUCUUCUCAUGUGUUUCAAAUUACUUUAGGGUUUUUAUAUUUUUAGUAAUUGUGCUUUAUAUAGAAGGAAAGAUCUAAAUGUUCCUUUCUGUAUAUACCUGUUUAAUUGUAUUGGAUGGUGUCAUUAAAUGCCUAGAAUGAGGUUAACUUACAGGAACAUGGAGUCUACAAAUUCAAAUGAUAGUGUAUUAAAGUCUGCUGUUAACCACUCUGUAAUAAUUACCUCUUACUGUAUCGCUAUAAAUACUGAACUGUCACAAGGAAUGUUAUUUCCCACUUUGAAUAAGUAAAACUUAAAUCUAAAUCUAUCUUU